AUGGCGGUUGCUGCUUUCGUUUAUAGUCUCUACGGAAUAUACAAUGAGGAUCUAAAGAUAUUGCGAGUAUAUCCACAACUAUAUUGUAUGGACUUGGUACUCAAUACAAUAUUCACAAUCAUAUUCGGGUAUUCGUGGUAUCUAGUUAUUGAUCAUACCCCAAAGGAAGAAGAGCUUUCCUCAGAGUAUGCUAAUUGGCAAAAACAGGCUUCACCGAAUGCUUUGCCCGCUUGGAAAGCCGAAUCGAAUGUUGCUAUAUUGUGUUUAUUGGUCGUCUGGAUAAUUCACGUUUAUUUCGCCGUAGUAAUACAGUCAUAUGCAGACUAUAUGGAUAAAAAAUACUCAUUAUCAACAUCAAAUAAUAAUAAUAAUUCACGUAGAUCAAUCUCAGGCGAUGCAUUACUGUCAUCACCAUCAAAUAUUGAUAAUUCUUAUAGAUUAACAUCAGUCAAUGCAUUAGCAUUAUCGCCAUCAUCAACACUAAACAAUGAUAAUAGCGGCAGUCUUAGGAGUAACGGUAGAGGUGGCAAUAUUUCUUCGAGGCGUGUCACUAUACAGGAUUUGGAGGAGGGAGAAGAUGAAAAUUACGAAAAUAAUAAGAAUGUAUUUUAG